AUGAAAAAUUCAGUCAUUUUAUUGAGUUUUCUCGUUGAGAGUCUGUUAUGUAUAGCAGUACUGACGGCACCGACCGGUGAUAUAACAGCUGCUGACCUGAAGGUUGAAUACCUUAGCAAUCCAUUAGCCGUAGACAUACCUCAGCCCCGACUCCAAUGGACUCUUCAGGCGACUGAUCCCACAAAAAAAGAUUUGUCUCAAAAGGCGUACCAAAUACUUGUGGCAACAGAUCGCGAAAGUCUGGACAAAAACAUCGGUAACCUAUGGGACAGUAAGAAAGUGGUAAGCGAUAGGACCACUCAUAUUAAAUACGGCGGAACUCCGUUAAAGUCUGGACAAAGAGCCUAUUGGAAGGUGAAUGUGUGGGACCAGAAUGACCAGGUACAAUUAGGCACGGGUGAACCCGUCAACUAUUGGGAUAAAGGACUGGACAUUAAUGACUGGACCGCCCAAUGGGUUGGUGCCCCGAAAGGCACUCAACAAAAGGCGUUACAAAACAUAUCAGAUAUCGACUCAAAAACUAAGAAUGCUAUAGGCGUACUGUUAGGAACAGGGUGGUUUAGCAGUUAUGUCGGAUUUUCCGGUCAAUACAAUAUUUUUGGUUGGGAUCAGAAUGUGUUGUUUGAAUUGCAUAUACAAUACGAGAACAAUAAGACAGAAAUUGUUAAGUCAGACAACACGUGGAAAGUGAGCACCGGAUCCCUUAUAUACUCCGACCUAUUGAUGGGAGAGUUGUAUUAUGAGAACCGGGAGGUGAAAGGCUGGGCAUCGCCAGAGUUUGAUGACAGCCACUGGCCAUCAGUGGUAACCAAAUCUAUCGACAAAAAGGUGGCCCUAGUGGCCGAUCGGGCCGAACCGGUUCGGGUGACUCACGAGUUAUCGCCAAAGACUAAAUACCAGAGCAAACCAGGGGUUUGGGUGUUUGACUUCGAGCAGAAUAUGGUCGGUUGGGUUAGGAUCUCAUUCCCCAAGACAUACGAUGCGAGUCGAGUGCAGUUAAGACACGCGGAGGUACUGAAUCCCGACGGAUCCAUAUAUACAAAGAAUUUGAGGUCCGCUUUGGCCACCGAUACCUAUGUGUUGAACAAGGCCGACAACUCCUAUGAGAUCUCAUUCCUCGGGGUGAAGUGCUGGUACUUAAGCCUGUGUGGAAAGCUGAGCGUAAAGCUCUCAUCCAACCCAAUGGUCAAUAAGUUGUUCUCAAACAUCAAUUGGGGUCAAAGGGGAAACUUUCUGUCCGUUCCCACCGACUGUCCGCAACGGGACGAGCGGUUGGGAUGGAUGGGCGACGCGGAGAUCUUCGCCCCCACCGCCAGUUAUAACGCAAAAGUGGCCGCAUUUUACACCAAAUUUAUGCGCGACGUAAGGGACGGGCAGUCCAAAGACGGCGGCUAUUCUGACGUAUCGCCCCGAGUGGUAGACCCGGCUGAUGGUGCGCCCGCUUGGGGUGACGCCGGUGUCAUAAUUCCCUACACUGUGUACCGCAUGUAUGGAGACAUUCAGAUGAUUGAAGACAAUUAUGAAGCCAUGAAACGAUGGAUGGAUUACAUCGGAACCCAAAACCCGUCCUAUAUAUGGACCAAACGAGUGAACAAUAAUUUCGGUGAUUCCGACGUUCACUUGCGGCUGUGUGGGUUUCUCCAGUACUUAUGGCCCAUAAUGCCGAUGCUGCGGGAGGAAUACAGGUUUUACCGCUUUCCCUUCGUCAACACGACUGACGGUAAGAUCAAAGGCGACACUCAGACCGGGUAUGUCAUCGCCAUUGCCUUCGAGAUGUUGCCUCAAAACCUGAUACCAUUGGCGGCCAACCAUUUGGUCGACAAUAUUAAGGCCCACGACUGGCAUCUCACCACUGGAUUCAUUGGUGUGGGCUACUUGUGUCCAACACUGAGCCAAUUGGGUCACACGGAUGUGGCCUACCGUUUGCUACUGCAGGACACGUACCCCUCGUGGGGAUAUAGUAUUAAAUACAACGCGACGACUAUAUGGGAGCGUUGGGACGGAUGGACCAAAGAGAAGGGAUUUCAGGAUCCGGGUAUGAAUUCAUUCAAUCACUACUCCUUGGGAUCAGUCGGUCGAUGGCUCUUCCAAUCGGUGGCCGGUAUUGACACCAAUAACGAAGAGGUGGGCUUCAAGAGUAUCGUAAUCGCACCCAAACCUGGCGGUAAUCUCCAGAAAAUGACGGCCCGGUAUCCAUCUAUUAAUGGGUUGAUAGGAACCAGUUGGGAGACUAACGGCGCUAAUAUUACUUUAACAGUCGACAUUCCGGUCAAUACGAAAGCAUUGAUUGAUUUAACAUUUUUGAAGAAACCCGUCCACACCAAUGACCCGAGGCCAUCCAUACAGAUAGUCCCUCUCAACCGAGUUGUGCAAAUUGAAGACCUCUUGAAGUGUUCGGCCGAAGACGAGGCCGAUGUAGUGGUCGCUCAGCUGGAAAGCAAAGAAGUGGAGGAAAUCCGGACGGCGUCGACACUAUUCUCGAUGACUUUUUCGGUGUCGUUCAUAUCGGCCCGUCUACUACUGUUCCUCUCGAUCAUCACAUUCGUGUUGACCGGUGGGCACCUGAACGCCGAGAUAGUGUUCGUGACAAUAGCUGUGUUUGAACGGCUCCGGUACUCAAUGACAUGGAUGUUGCCUCAGGCGGUGUCAGGUCUCGCAGAAAUACUCGUCUCCUGUAAACGACUGCAAAGUUUUCUAUUACUCGACGAAAUCAAACCCAUUGUGAGACCAAUGGAUAGUAAAAUUGAUGGGAAAGGCGUGUUGUUGACUAAACUGUCCUCAAGUGUGAAGUCGACGGACACUAAAUGCAAGAAUAAGUUGAAAUUCUUGUUGAAGAAUAUUAGCUGUGAUGUGAAAUGCGGUGAAAUUCUAGCCAUUGUCGGACCGGUAGGCUCUGGAAAGAGCUCUAUAUUUUCUGCAAUAAUGGGUGAAUUGGAUGACGUGAGCGCCGACAGUCUCGAUGUGAACGGUUCGGUGGCAUAUGUGAGCCAAAAGUCGUUUUGUUUUAACGGAACGAUUAGAGAGAAUAUAUUGUUUGGAAAGCCAUUCGACCAGAAGUUAUACAACAAAAUACUCUUCAUGUGUGCCCUGGAAGAGGAUCUCAAGAACCUGAGCGCAGGCGACCAGACACUCGUCGGCGAGAGGGGAACCACAUUGAGUGGCGGACAGAGGGCUAGAAUCAACUUAGCAAGAUCACUUUAUCUCAACUCUGAUAUCUAUCUAUUGGACGACCCGUUGAGUGCUGUCGACGCCACAGUCGCCAAACAUAUCUUUGAAAACUGUGUGUUAGACUACUUGAGCGACAAAUGUGUGCUUUUAGUGACAAAUCAAAUGCAAUUCCUGAAGAGGAGUACAAAGAUAUUGUAUUUAACGGACGGCCGGUGUUUGGCAUUCGGUUCGUUCACUGAACUACAGAAUAGUGGCAUUGAUUUCAUGGCUAUACUUAAGGACCCAAAUGAGAGCCAACACACCGAUAGCGACAACUUUGACUCAAAUGAAAGUUUCAAAACACCGGAUAAGAGGACAAAAUUAAAUCAAAUGAACACUAAUCUAGUGGUGAAAGGCUUUAACAUGGAAGACGAUAAUGAAAAUGUGGGUGAAAUCAGUUUGAAAGUGUAUUUCGAUUACUUUAAAUCUGGUUCCGGUUGGCGUCUCGUUGGCUUUGCCUUACUGUCCACUAUUUGCACACAAUUUUUGUUUCACUCGACUGACUAUUGGCUCACAUUCUGGGAUGACAAUAAGAGCGAAUCGAGUGGUGGCACUAAUUGGAAGAAUAUACUGAUAUAUUCACUCAUGAGUUGUGGUCUAUUCAUAUUCGCCACGUUGCGAUCCAUGACAUUCUUCCGGAUGUGUUUGCGUUCAUCGCAUUUCUGUCACAACUUAAUCUUCGACCGACUUUUGCGCACAUCUAUGGCUGCGUUUGACUACAUGCCUAUCGGUUAG